AUGACGACACGGCAUGAAACUGAUGCGGUAUCUAGAUCGAUGAGCCCUCUAUCAAGUCUAGAAAAUGAGGAGGCAUUUACAGGCAAUCCACUGACUACACAAUCAAAUGAGGAGGCAUUUACAGGCAACCCAUUGACUACACAAUCAAAUGAGGAGGCAUUUACAGGCAGCCCAUUAACUACACAAUCAAAUGAGGAGGCAUUUACAGGCAAUCCACUGACCACACAAUCAAAUGAGCCAUUGGCUUCAAUAGGGAAUUCCAUAGAGUCUCCCGAGCCAACCCCCAGUGCUGAUAAACCUAAAGCGCGAGUUUCAUUUAAUGUGCUCGACUAUAAAUCAGUCAAAUUAGAAAACAAAGGCUCUGUAGCUAGAGAUCAUCUAGCUAACGAAAGAACGUUUUUAGCAUGGCUACGCACAUCACUAUCGUUCAUUACCUUAGGUAUAGGAGUAACUCAAUUAUUCCGAUUAGACAAGAAGGAUGCGAAAAUACAUACAAGUAAUAACAUCAUUGCAUUAUUAGAUCUAGGAAAAACUCAUGAUGAAUUAAUCAAAUAUGGGAAACCAUUGGGUGUUUUAUUCAUAUUAUUGGGAAUAUUUAGUUUACUAGUUGGAUUUCACAGAUAUUUUCUAGUUCAAAAAUAUCUUACUGAAAAUUAUUAUCCUGUUGCUAGAUUAGGUAUUUUAAUCUUGAUCUUUUUGGUAUUUGCUAUAGUCUUGAUUACAUUGGUUUUGGUUUUGAAGAGUUCUCUAGUUUAG